AUGCCUCCAAGACCCCAACCCAAAGUCCACCAACUCCUCCUCAAAACGCACAAACUCACAAUCGCCCUUGCGGGCGUCACGCCGAACACGACAAUCUCCCAAGUCAAAAAGGAGGCUCUCGAAGCGCUCAGAGCGGACGUCUCAGAGGACCUCUUAAUCUCCAUCUCACCCUCCCCUUCGAACCUCUUGAAACUGGAAUCCCACAACGACUUUAACCUUUGUCGACAGGAUAAGGAGAAAGGGAAGCCGACGGGAACGUAUACCGUUCUCGAUCCUGGUCGACAGCUUAGAGAACAUGGAUUAGCGUCUUGGGAAACACUUUUCAUUCAGUUCAUUAACCCUGAAACACGUGCAGCACUCCCGGUGACCGUGACUCUACCCGCGAUCGACGACGAUGAGGAAUCUGUCGCGGAGCCUCCACCGCCGGUUACGCCUGCUGCCACGGACAAGGGGAAAGGAAAACGCAGAGCCGAAUUUAGCGAUGAAGAGUCGUGAAUGACGCGGAAAGAUCAAGGCAACCGAUCGAUCUUGUAUUGGUAUUCCAUAUUGUACCACAAGAGAAGACCACCAGACCGCCGGACGCCAUUCUUCUGUCGCGGCACCUUCCCGCAACUGCACAUACACACGAGGCUAUCCGUCUCUCUCGCCCACCCGCUCAGAUACCGACGGAUUCCCUGGACUGUUAUCCACCUUCUUACGCCCAGAUCCUGCUUCAUUGGUUUGGCCCUACCAUUCGUUGGAGAUGAAGACGAAAGAUUUAACAAUCAGGAAACUCACUCGAGUCACAUCGUUGACUUUCAUUCCUCAAAAACGUGACGAGGGCACCGGGCAUCAUCUCGGCCAGCCGUCAACUUGCACCUACAUAUUUUUUCCUUACCAGUAUCUUGGACUUGGGGAGAUGAAGAUGAUGACUUCCUGUCUCCGCGGACCCAAAGGUGCUAUGUCCCAACGUGGACCCGGACCAGAGUCGGCUUUCAUCUUACCACAUACAAAACACUUCUUGACCAGAUGUCUUUCCGAUGUGUGGCUAUCUCAAUCUACAGAAUACUUCGUAACAACCGUUCAACGUUCAAAUCCCGAUUGUAAUCCAUUGAAUGCCCUUCCUGUUGCAAUUUCAAUUCGC